AUGCCGGCCACCGAGAAGGUCAGCCGUGGGAAGGAUGUCGAACCACGGGAGAACAUCUACCUAUUUGCACCAAACUUGAUCGGUUACUCCCGUAUCAUCCUUGCCGUGGCCUCGCUCUACUACAUGCCCCUCCACCCACGAACAUGCUCGCUGCUCUACAGCAUCUCGUGUCUGCUCGACGCUCUCGACGGAUAUGCCGCCCGCUACCUUGACCAGUCCACCCGCUUCGGCGCCGUGCUCGACAUGGUCACGGACCGCUGCACGACGGCCUGCCUUCUCGUCUUCCUCGCCUCCGCCUUCCCCCGGUGGUCCAUUGUCUUCCAGGGCCUGAUCGCCCUCGACAUGGCCAGCCACUACAUGCACAUGUACGCCACUCUGGCCAUGGGCGGCUCGGAUGAGAGCCACAAGAACGUCGACAAGUCGAGGAGCUUCAUUCUUAAUCUCUACUAUACCAACAGGACCGUUCUUUUCUUGUGCUGCGCCCUCAAUGAGGUCUUCUUCAUUGCCCUCUACCUGCUCUCCUUCUCGAGCCCUCUCCUCUCUCCUGGCCUUUUGGAGCAGGUUCCCGAGAUCAAGCAGGCCAACCCCUACAGCGCCGCGGCUCUCGAGCUGGCGCGUGCCAACAAGAUGGACUCCACCGUCCCUUGGAUCAUCGCAAUCGUCUCCUUCCCCGUCAUGAUGCUCAAGCAAAUCAUCAACGUCGUCCAGCUCGUCAAGGCCAGCAGGUGGCUAGCGGAGGGUGACCUGGAGGCCAGAAGGGAGCGCAAGAAGACCCGCUAA